AAGUAUUAGCCAAUCAGCUGUCUUUCUUUCCUUCAAACUACUAAGCAACAAACAGCCCAAGCCAGAUUCUCACACAACACACCCUACAAGGUGCACACUGUCUUACAACAGCUACCACAGUCCUCACACUAACUCACCAGGAGUCAGCUAUGGAUUAUCAUCAGCAGGUUGAAGAAAUUGUGUCCACUGCCAAAAUCGGGGACUUGAUUGAAUUUUCCUACCCCAUGGGAUAUUCACACUGGGGGGUGUAUGAUGGAGAUGGACAUGUAAUCCAUUUUGCUGUUGCAGAUGAGGGGCAACUGAUGAAAAGUGUACGUACUUACCUGCAAUCAAUCUUGCCUAUAUGUGGGGACCUUCUGCUUGGGGAGACCAGGAUCCGCAGAGUGCCUCUCGGUGAGGUGAACGUCCCAAAAGGAGCCCACGUCUUGAUCAGUAACAACCGCCAUGCCUUCGCGCCAUCUGCACCUGAGGACAUGAAGUUACGGAGUAACACCCUUCUUAAUCAGGACUUCCCGUAUGAUCUUUUCGGUCUCAACUGUGAGCAUUUUGCCACGUUUGUACGCUAUGGAAAAGCUGUGUGCAACCAGAUUCCUACAAGACCUAAGAAUGUAGAGUGUGUGAAGGCAACUUCUACCUUCAACGACGCCAUCUGCUCCAAGGAAACUCCAAAAGAUGAUCUUUUGGAAUGGCUUGAAUGACUCUUAUAUUUCCCAUUUGAAUCAUUAACUGAACUCAAGCCUGGGCAAUAUUUUUUGUGCUAUUAGAGACAUGAAAAACUCAGAGCAAGUUAUAUUUGUGAAUCAUGCCAAUUUCAGGAUUUUAUUUUGGACCCCCUGUAUAGCUGGGAUGGGUUUCUUUUGUCAGUGAUAAAUAUAUACACUAUGCAACUAACAAUGUUUUUUUCAUUAUUGAUUAUCUGCCAAAAAAAAUGCUCCUUGGCAGACAUUUUGAGCGAGUUAGAGAGUUCCAGGACUUUACUCCUCUGACAGUAAAAGCUGUCUGAACAAAAGAUGUGUUGUAGACCAAAACUUUUCCACUUGAUCUGCUGCAGCUCUCUUAAUAUAUUUUCCGACAGGCUGAGGGGCAAGUCCAUUUAAACAUUCAAGACAAGCCUUACAUAGUGAAAAUCAGUCUAAGUUGCAAAGCUUAAGAUCUGUAUUUACCUAAAAUGCAGUGAUGCUGGUACCUUAUUUGCUUUUUGUCCAAGAUUUCCAAGGCCUGAUUGUAAACACACUCUAUGGAUUUACAGAUCAGUUGUCUGGGACCAGGUAGUUAAACUCCAGGACAUAUCUGAGAAAACCAUAGAAUUCUCAAACACAAAGGCACAAUCAGGUGUGAAAUGUUUUCGUAUCAUCUUAAAAGAUGAGAUAAGAUAGACUUUAUUGAUCCCAAACUGGGGAAAUUAAUUCGCUAUAGCAGCUCCAACACAGCAGAUAAGAAAAUACACAUAAAAAAUUCAAAUGAAAAACUGAAUUGAGAAAUACAAGAUACAAAAAUAAAAAGUGCAGUAUUGUACAAUGUACACUAUAUACAGCUUUUUUAUAUAUAGAUGUGGUUGAUAUGGUACAUUGCACAGGUCACAGCAGGAAGUAGUAUCCAAAACAGGUAAGAUUAGUCUUUAUGAUUAUACAAUUCUUUUUAGCGUGACUUUUUAAUGUCACUGAUGGGUAGAGUGCUGUCACAUUACUAUGUAUACAAUUUUGGGCCAUUGCAGCCUCUCACACUUGGGUUUAGGCUUUUAGUUGGAGACUAGGAUCAUUUGGUGUACUGCUUUCCACAUGACAACAGCAUAACCAAGUGUAAUUGUAACACUCGUUGCACUGGGGAUGGACACACCAUCACCAGUACAGCAUGCACACACUGCCACCUAGUGUAUGUAGAAGAAAAGAAAGAAAGAAAAAACUGAUUGGAUUGUUCUUACCAUUGCAUGGUGGGAAAUCUUGAAAAAAGAUAACCAGGCAUUCUGUAAUAUCAUUUUUAAUAAAUGGCCUGAGUCAAGAUGUUUUGGAGAUUUUCUGAUACCAUAUCUUGCUGCACCAUGUGCCUCUAUACUGGAUAUUUUUAACAUAAAAUACAAUUUACAUUUCUGUCUGAAACUUGUUUGCACAGUCUAGGGAUAUUCUGCCACUGGCACUACAAGAACAAAGGGUUUAUAUCUCUUUAUAUAUAUGUUUUCAUUAGUGUUUUAUCACUUGAAAAUAAAAAAUCGUUGUGUUUUCAUUACCUUAGAA